AUGAACCCUUCAGUUUCCUUCGCCCUUCUCAUUCUAAUUCCAGCAAUUCUUCUUAUUCACCUGACCACAGCCUCAGCCCAAGCUGACAAUUACCACCAACUACCGCCUGAAACCGUCGCCAAGGGAAUCCCCAGUUCAUCUACACAGAAUAUUCCAGCCGACCAGACGCCGCAGGAGAAUUUGCCCAAUUACCUCUCCUUCAACUACUAUCGUAAUACUUGUCCAGAUCUCGAGGCAAUUGUUCACAGAAAAGUGAAAGAAUGGAUGCACAGGGAUUACAGUCUCGCCCCCAGUCUCCUAAGGCUACACUUCCACGACUGCUCAGUGAGGGGAUGUGAUGCGUCCAUUCUCUUAAAUGGUGAGGGGAGCGAGAGGACGGCCGACGCUAGCAAGACAUUACGGGGGUUUGAAGUGGUGGAUGAUAUUAAGUCUGAGGUUGAGAAGAAGUGCCCGAAGACGGUGUCGUGCGCGGACAUUCUGACAUCGGCGGCGAGAGAUGCCACCGUGAGCGUUGGAGGUCCAUAUUGGAGGGUACCCUACGGGAGGAAGGACGGGCGAGUUUCUAUUGCCAAGGAAGCCGAAAGGGUGCCCAUGGGUCGGGAAACCAUCACUCAUCUCAUCCAGUUUUAUCAGUCCAAGGGAUUGGAUGUACUGGACUUGGCUGUCCUCUCAGGAGCACACACCAUUGGAAGGGCUACCUGCGGCUCCAUUCAAUACAGGCUCUACAACUUCAACCAAACAGGGAAACCUGAUCCCUCAAUCAACCACAAAUAUUUGAACUACCUGAGGAGAAAAUGCAGAUGGGCCUCAGAGUACGUGGAUUUAGACGCUUCGACCCCCGCAGCCUUUGACGCCGCUUACUACACUAACCUGCAGCUGAAAAUGGGGCUGCUACGCACAGAUCAAAUGCUGCACACCGACUCUAGGACCUCACCCCUUAUUACGGCAUUGGCUUCCCAACCCCACAUCUUCCACCACCAGUUUGCAGCCUCCAUGGUCAAGCUUGGAAAUAUUCAAGUCCUCACUGGUGAACAUGAAGGCGAAGUUCGAGUGAAUUGCAACCAUAUCAAUCCUUAUUAA